AUGCGAUUAAAGAUUGAAUUGGCCCCCAAUUCGAAUAGGAGCACUGUGUCUAAUACCUCAUUCCAAGGACAAGAAGCUGUUACUGAUGCUCCUAUCGAUGAUGUUCUCGCCAUCAAUCAAAUUGAAAAGAUAUUGAUCGGUGGAUUUGAAGAUAUUCUAAGUAGAAAAGCCCUUGACGCGUCAAACUCUGGGAAGGAUAGAGAGGAUGACAGUGAAGAAAGAGAAGAUGACGAUGGAGAAAAAGGGGACAAUGAUCAAGUAGAUAUCCUGGCUGGCCAUGAAUUUGAUUUCGAGUUCAUUGCUUGA